AUGGCACGCGCUGUGUGGACGAAGCUACUUUCAGAUGCCUCCAUCAAAAGGUCGUCGCAGACCUUGUCCGUUAUUGCCAACAAUGCAUAUAUAUACGGCGGGGAGCUACGGCCCCGAGAGCCGGUGGACUCAGCUGUGUACCGCGUACCCGUAGUUGGCGACGGGAUGUCUUCGAAUGCAAUAUCCGUGAUUGCCAGCACGUCCGUCACUCCUCAACCAAGAGUUGGGGCUGCAUCUACCGUAAUCGAUGGGAAGGUGUACAUGUUUUCAGGCCGUGGUGGGCUUGCCAUGGCUCCGAUAGAGGAAGCAGGUGCAUUCUGGGUUUUCGACCCCGUUAGUAGUGCCUGGAUCGAAGUCAAACCCGCAGACUCUCAGCUCCCUUACCCAGUUGGACGCAGCUAUCAUACUCUCACCAACGACGGCAAAGACACGAUUUUUCUGCACGCCGGGUGCCCUGAAAAAGGCCGACUGGGCGACCUAUGGGCGUUCAACAUUUUCACUCGCCAGUGGAGAGAAUUGUCCCCAGCUCCCCGACCAGAAAGAGGCGGUGCGUCCAUUGCAUACGCAAAGGGGAAGAUUUUCCGCAUGAACGGCUUCGACGGCCAAAAGGAACAAGGAGGGGCGUUGGACGUGUUCGACCUCGAGAGUAAUGAGUGGAGCACCAUUACCUACCAAGCAGAUGGAAUCACUGGGCCGAGUCCACGAAGCGUGAGCUGCCUCCUAUCGCUCAAGGUUUCUGACAAGCCCUGUCUAGUCACCAUGUUCGGCGAGCACGAUCCCAGUAGCCUGGGUCACCAGGGAGCCGGCAAAAUGCUUGCAGACGUAUGGCUCUUCGAUCUGGAGUCUCAGAAAUGGACGGAAAUCCAGGUGGAUGCCGAACACGCUCCUCCAGCGCGUGGAUGGUUCGAUGCGGACGUGAUCUCAGACAAUUUGCGUCCCAGUAUUGUUGUCCAUGGCGGACUUGCCGAGUCAAACGAACGCCUAGGCGAUAUAUGGCGGCUCGAUUUUUAA